AUGCUCUCCCUUCUUGUUGCACUUGCAGCAGUUCUCCCAAAUCCUGAUGAAACACCAAGAUCCCCAUCGAGACCGCCCAGUUUAUCUCAACGUGCGAUCUCGCAGACCUUGACAAGCACGGCAAACUUAGCCAACCUUCUUCCUACAGGCACGCUCCUGGCCUUCCAACUCCUCAUGCCGAUCUUCACCAACAACGGAUCGUGCGAUUCCGCCAUCCGCCCCAUGACGCUUGUCCUCCUCUUGCUCCUCGCCCUUUCCUGCUUCCUCGCUUGCUUCACGGACAGCGUCAAGUCAUCGGAUGGACAAGUUUACUACGGUUUCGCAACGUUCAAAGGGAUGUUCCUGUUUGACUACCCCGAUCCCACAGGUUCAACACUGCCCGACCUGAGCAAGUACAGAAUCAAGUUCAUUGAUGGGGUUCACGCAGUCUUGUCUGUGCUCGUGUUCGGCGCUGUGGCUUUGAGGGACAAGAACGUUUUGAACUGUUUCUAUCCGACACCGAAACACGAAACUCAGGAGGUUCUGAGCAUCGCACCGGUCGGAAUCGGGCUCAUUUGCAGUUUGUUGUUUGUGGUGUUUCCAACCAGAAGACACGGAAUUGGCUACCCGAUUACACAUGGCAAAUAAUUGUUCAUUUUGUUCAACGACUUCCCCUUUUCCCUAUUUAUUUGUUUAUUUAUUUUAUUCAAAAAUAAUAGAAUAAAUUACACAAGUUAAAUUAAUUUUAACUUUUUUUUACG